AGAGAGAGAGAGAGAGAGAGAGGUGUGUGCAUGUGCGUGUGUGUGUGGUGUGGGAGCUGGCCUCAGAUAAAGACCCAGAAGUGACACGAAAUUCCAAGGAGGUGAAUAAGAGAUUUAUUGAGAGGCAAAGCAGUAAAUGGAAUCAGAUGACACUGAGAUAAGACCUGGUGCUGUUUUCCUCUCUACAGGCUCAGAGUUUUGUGAUAACUCCUGGUGAAGCCUAAAGAGUGUCAGACUGGAUGACAGAUUAGCUAAAGAGUAAAUAAGGUCAAUUUCUACCAAACAUACAAAGAAGAACUUAUACCAAUCCAUCUCAAAGUCUUCCAAAAGACUGAAGAGGAUGGAACACUCCCAAAGUCAUUCUAUGAAGCCACCACCACCCUGAUACAAAAACCAGACAAAAACACCACCAAAAAAGAAAAUUACAGGCCAAUAUCGUUGAUGAAUAUAGAUGCAAAAAUUCUCCACAAAAUAUUAGCAAACCGAAUCCAACAACACAUAAAAAAGAUCAUACAACAGGAUCAAGUUGGAUUCAUCCCACGGUCACAAGGAUGGUUCAACAUAUGUAAAUCAAUCAAUGUAAUACACCACAUCAACAAAAGAAAAGACAAAAACCACAUGACCAUCUCAAUAGAUGCAGAAAAAGCAUUUGAUAAAAUUCAACAUCCAUUCAUGAUAAAAACUCUCACCAAAGUGGGUAUAAAGGGAACAUAUCUCAACAUAAUAAAAGCUAUUUAUGGGACCUCCCUGGUGGCGCAGUGUUUAAGAAUCUGCCUGCCAAUGAGGGGGACAUGGGUUCGAGCCCUGGUCCAGGAAGAUCCCACAUGCCACGGAGCAAGUAAGCCUGUACGCCACAACUACUGAGCCUGUGCUCUAGAGCCCGCGAGCCACAACUACUGAGCCCGCGUGCCAAAACUACUGAAGCCCAUGUGCCUAGAGCCCGUGCUCUGCAAAAAGAGAAGCCACCACAAUGAGAAACCCACGCACUGCAACAAAAAGUAACCCCCACUCACUGCAACUAGAGAAAGCCCGCGUGCAGCAACAAAGACCCAACGCAGCCAAAAAAAAGCUACUUAUGACAAACCCACAGCCAACAUAAUACUCAAUGGUGAAAAGCUGAAAGCCUUCCUGUUAAAAUCUGGAACAAGACAAGGAUGCCCACCCUCACCACUUCUAUUCAACAUAGUAUUGGAAGUCCUAGCCAGAGCAAUCAAACAAGAAAAAGUAUCCAAAUUGAAAGGAAAGAUGUAAAAUUCUCAUUAUAUGCAGAUGACAUGAUACUAUAUAUUGAAAACCCUAAAGACUCCACACAAAAACUACUAGAACUGAUAAAUGAAUUCAGCAAGGUAGCAGGAUACAAGAUUAACACACAGAAAUCAGUUGCACUUCUUUACACUAACAAUGAAAUAUCAGAAAGGGAAAGCAAGAAAACAAUCCCUUUUACAAUUGCAUUAAAAAAAUUAAAAUACUUAGAAAUAAACCUGAUCAAGGAUGUGAAAGACUUAUAUGCUGAGAUCUAUAAAACACUGAUAAAAGAAACUGAAGAUGAUUCAAAGAAAUGGAAAGCUAUCCCAUGCUCUUGGGUUAGGAGAAUUAAUAGUGUUAAAAUGGCCAUACUACCCAAAGCGAUCUACAGAUUCAAUGAAAUCUCCAUCAAAUUACCCAUGACAUUUUUCACAGAACUAGAACAAAAAAAUUCUAAAAUUUAUAUGGACCCAUAAAAGACCCAUAUUGCCAAAGCAAUCCUGAGGAAAAAGAACAAAGCUGGAAGCAUAACCCUCCCACACCACAGACAAUACUACAAAGUUAUAGUCAUCAAAACAGCAUGGUACUGGCAUAAAAACAGACACAUGGAUCAAUGGAACAGAAGAGAGAGCCCAGAAAUAAACCCACACACCUAUGGUCAAUUAAUUUUCAACAAAGGAGGCAAGAAUAUACAAUGGAAAAAAGACAGUCUCUUCAGGAAGUGGUGGUGGGAAAGCUGGACAGCCACAUGUAAAUCAAUGAAGUUAGAACACUCCCUCAUACCAUAAACAAAAAUAAACUCAAAAUGGCUUAAAGACUUAAACAUGAGACAUGAUACCAUAAAACUCUUAGAAGAGAACAUAUGCAAAACAUUCUCUGACAUAAACCAUAGCAAUGUUUUCUUAGGUCAGUCUUCCAAGGCAAAAGAAAUAAAAGCAAAAAUAAACAAAUGGGACCUAAUCAAACUUAUAAGCUCUUGCACAGCAAAGGAAACCAUGAAAAAAACGAAAAGACAACCUAGGGACUGGGAGAAAAUAUUUGCAAACAAUGUGAUUGACAAGGGCUUAAUUUCCAAAAUAUACAAACAGCUCAUACAACUCAAUAACAACAAAAACCAAAUAACCCAACAAAAAAAAUGGACAGAGACCUAAAUAGACUUUUCUCCAGAGAACAUACAGAUGGUCAAUAGGCACAUAAAAAGAUGCUCAACGUCGCUAAUUGGUAGAGAAAUGAAAAUCAGAACUAUAAUGUGGUAUCACCUCACACUGGUCAGAAUGGCCAUCAUGAAAAAGUCAACAAAUAAAUGCUGGAGAGGGUGUAGUGAAAAGAAAACCCUCCUACGCUGUUGGUGGGUAUGUAAGCUGGUAAAGCCACUAUGGGGAACAGUAUGGAGCUUCCUUAAAAAACUAAAAAUAGAGUUACCAUAUGAUCCAGCAAUCCCACUCCUGGGCAUACAUCUGGAGAAAAUGCUAAUUCAAAAAGGUACAUGCACCCCUAUGUUCACAGCAGGACUAUUUACAAUAGCCAAGACAUGGAAACUACAUAAAUGUCCAACAGAUGGAAGGAUAAAGAUGUGGUGUGUGUGUAUACACACACACACACACACACACACACACACACACACACACACACACAGGAAUACUACUCAGCCAUAAAAAAGAAUGAAAUAAUGCUAUCUGCAGCUACAUGGAUGGACCUAGAGGUUAUCAUACUAAGCAAAAUAAGCCAGAAAGAGAAAGACAAAUACCAUAUGAUAUCCCUUAUACGUGGAAUCUAAAAUAUGAUACAAAUGAACUUAUUACAAAACAGAAACAGGGGCUUCCCUGGUGGCACCGUGGUUAAGAAGCCGCCUGCCAAUGCAGGGGACACGGGUUCGAGCCCUGGUCUGGGAAGAUCUCACAUGCCACGGAGCAACUAACCCUGUGCACCACAACUACUGAGCCUGUGCUCUAGAGCCCUCGAACCACAGCUACUGAGCACGCGCGCCACAGCUACUGAAGCCUGUGCACCUAGAGCCCGUGCUCCGCAACAAGGGAAGCCACCACAAUGAGAAGCCCACGCACCCCAACAAACAGUAGCCCCCACUCACCACAACUAGAGAAAGCCCGUGCACAGCAACGAAAACCCAAUGCAGCCAAAAAUAAAUGGUAAUAAAUAAAAUAUUAAAAAACAAAACAAAACAGAAGCAGACGCAAAGGUUGGUGAGUUGGUGCGGAGUUCAUCUCGGCACGUGUGGCCGUGCUGGGAUGGAUUCCUCCUCAUCUUCCUCCGCAGCGGGUUUGGGCUCGGUUGACUGGCAGCUGCAGCAUUUCAUGGAGGUAGAGACUCAGAAGCAGUGCUUCCAGCAGCUGGUGCACCAGAUGACGAAACUUUGUUGGGAAAAGUGCAUGGACAAGCCUGGGCCAAAGUUGGACAGUCCGGCUGAGGCCUGUUUUGUGAACUGCAUUGGGCGCUUCAUUGAUACAAGCCAAUUCAACUUGAAUCGACUGGAACAGACCCAGAAAUCCAAGCCAGUCUUCUCAGAAAGCCGUUCUGACUGACCUCAGCAUUACCUCUUUGGAAAAGGAAGGUAGUUCAAGAAAUGAAGAGCAGUUGAUGGGAUGGUUGAAGAAAAGGCUAUGGGGGGAUCG